GGAGUCCUCCUGUAUCCCGGGGAGCUUUGCGGCGGCACCGACUAGGCCUGUGUUGAUCGAGCAUCCUGCCCGAGUUUGACAUUUUACUCCCGGUGGACGAGGCAGAUUGCCGGGUAAAUUCGGGAGGAGGGUGAUGUGCUUCUUCCCCGGACACUAGCCGAGUGGGACGCGAGCAUUUGUCGUCGUUGCGCCCAAUUGAAGGUUUAUUUCACUUUCUGUCGAGUCGGCCUCGCCAGCUCCAUCUCCGCCGCUUCAAUGGAAGCGGAAAAGAUGUCGGCGAAGAGCUUUCGCGUCAGCGACGGCGACUGGAUCUGCCCCGAUAAAAAAUGUGGAAAUGUCAAUUUUGCAAGAAGAACAAGCUGUAAUAGAUGUGGAAAAGAAAGAACAUGUGAAGCAAAGCUAAUGAAGGCUGGAGGAACCGAAAUUGGAAAGACUCUUGCUGAAAAAAGCCGUGGCCUUUUCAGUGCUAAUGACUGGCAGUGUAAAACCUGUGGAAAUGUGAAUUGGGCAAGAAGAUCAGAGUGUAACAUGUGCAACACUCCAAAGUAUGCCAAAUUAGAAGAAAGGACUGGAUAUGGAGGUGGAUUUAAUGAAAGAGAAAAUGUGGAAUACAUUGAGCGUGAAGAAUCUGAUGACGAAUAUGAUGAGUUUGGAAGGAAAAAGAAGAAAUUUCGUGGAAAGCCAGUUGGAUCCAAAAUUGUACUACAAGAAGAAGUUGAGAGUGAAAAAGAUGAUGAAGAAGAUGAUGAGGAUGGUGAUCUCUCCAAAUACAAACUAGAUGAUGAAGAUGAUGAUGAAGAUGGUGAUCUCUCAAAAUACAAUCUGGAUGCAAGUGAAGAUGAAAAGAAACCCACAAAAAGCAGGAGUCGUUCCAAGUCGCACUCCUCUCGAUCUUCAUUAUCCUCCACUGCUCAUUCCAGUUCAAGGUCCAGAUCCCGGACCAGAAGUUCUUCUACUUCCAGAUCCAGGUCACGUUCCAGCUCCAGAGGUCAAUCUAGAUCACCCCGGUCAAAGUCAAGUUCUAGAUCGCGCCGGGGGUCUUCAUCUCCACGGAAGAGAUCACGCUCAAGUUCACAAUCAUCAACUUCCUCUGAAAGAGGCAAAAAACGAAGUCGCUCCAGAUCAUCAUCCUCCAGUGGCCGCAAAAAAACUAGACGUUCUGACUCAAGAUCUUUGUCCGCAGAAAGGCGCAGUGGAUCGUCUUCUGGAUCCUCCCCCUCAGGCUCACGUUCAAGUUCUAAACAGAAAUAACAGUUUAGCAUCUACAAUUUUUAAAAGUUCAGUAAUUUCUGGAAAAUGCAUGAAAACUUAUUUUAAAGUUAUUAGUGUCUUGAGCAAAUUAACCUGAUAUGUUGUAAACAUUAAAAAAAAAAAAGCUGACAUAUGUCCUGAUGAAAUCUUGCUGAUGUAAUCUUAAACCUUUUUGUUGCUACAAGUGUGUUAGAAAUUGUACCCAGGUUUAUUCAACGAGCAUAUCAAACCAUAAUAAUGUUUUUGAGGGUUAAUACACUUGAUUUUGAUCUAUUAUCUUUUGACUUUAACGCGAGCAGUUACUAGACGGUAUGUGAUCUAGAAUUGUCGUACAGAAUGUCUUUGUUCAUGUUUCAGACCACAAGUAACACAUCAUGGAAAUGCAGGUGACCUUCUUGUUAAGAGAAACAUUGAAGGGAUUGGAAAUCCCUAGGUAGUAUUUGUUCAAAGUACUUUGUUUGCCUCACUAAAUCAGCAUGCAAGGCCUGGACUAUAAAAUAUUUGCCAUUUUUGUUAAUAUACCAGGUUGGCUGAAACUGGAAUCCUUGAUAUUUUUUUUUUUCAAUUCCUCACUGCUGAUUCAAUUUCUUCGGCAGCUCCCAAUGACAUCCCAGCUUUGGAGGAGCAUGCUAAAUUUUGGGGGUAUUGCAUCCUAAAUCUCUUUGUGACUCCAUUCAGCUCUCUUUAUUGUCAGCUAAGUAUGAAACCAUUAAGAAUACUCCACAAUAUUGAGUGUAAUGAAAACAUAAAGGGCUACUUCUUCCAAUCUUCCCUGCUCCUCCCCGAAUCAUUUUUCCAUCACUAACACACCAACUUGUUAUGUACUUUAUCGAUCACAAAAUACUUGUGGCUUCCCUUUUAUUUCUAAAUGGUAUGUGGGGGGGGGGGGGGGGGGAAAGAAAAAAACACAUCUACAACCUUGGAGAAUCCCAUUUGCUUUAGAGUGGAUUCAAUUAUCUUAAAUAAAUCUGGAUCUAAGGUUUUUAUAUGCAACAGCAUUAACUGGUUUUUAUUUUGGGUGCCUUGACUUCGGGAAAUGUUUUUCACUCCAUAUUAGACUAGAUGAUAACGUGUCAAAGUGUAAAGAUCUUGAGGAGUUAUGAUCAAACAUUGUAUUCAGAGUCAGCCUGCCACCGAAACUACAACAAUGUUAGAAAUUGUGAUUAUAGAAGUGAUCUCUCAGGACAGUAAUUUUGGAUCCACCUGUGGGGAUGAAUAGUGAAAUAACCAAAGUUUUACACAUCUUGGAGUGGGGGACGGGCAGUUAUUGAAGUUUGCCUCAUGCCCAAAAAGUAACAUUUAAUAGUUGUUAUCUUAAAUCCACUAAUGCAUUGAACAUUUUUAAAAUGUUGAGCUCAAGACUGUGUAUUCUUUACAAUCAAUUACCUUCUGUGAAUUAUUAUGGCUUCAUAUCACUCUCUAAUCUUGACUUGGUUGCAAGAAAAUUACAUUUGUGUCAUCAGGCAGAAGCUCUGUUCUUCAGAAUUCCAAAUGUGGUUUCAGCUAUGUUAACAGGUAAGUAUUCUGGAAAAGCACUAAUUAUUUGUAAAAUAUACCUAAUUUACCAAGCAAUUGCCAACCUGGUGUAAUAGUGGACAAUGGUUUUAUUGAAUUUUUCUAAUCUGUUAUCUUACAGGCACCAGAUAUGUUAGACAAGUGAGGGAUUGGUUUUAUUUUCAGAGCAAAACACACAUUGCAUUAUUGUUCUAGUUUCACAAGAUCUUCCAUUUUUAACCUCUUUAAUGCCUUCUUUCAGAACCAGCAAGUCUACACAUCCAUUCCUAUUUCUAGUUCGUAUAAGUCAACUUUUAACAGGUGGCCAAGUGUUUUGGGAUUCGGCUCUGGAAAUAAUUGAUCUGAUUUUUGCAGAAUUCCGCUGAAUGUAGACUUUUGCAAUGUGACUUUCAUGAGAAACAAGAUCUUCAUAGACAAUGAUAUUUAACGUGCAUAGUAGCUAAAUUUACAGGAUUACAGAAAGUAAGGUGUGUAAAUUAAUGGCUUUCAUCACUUAAAACAACUUAAAUUCAGAAUUCUCCAGAAGUUUUCCGUCAUCAGAUUUUCGCUGCCUAAAAAUAGUGUAUUCUUGUAUUUAGUAAAAAAAAAAUAGCUGAGGCCACUUGAUUGCUGAUAUCUGGGUAGGGUAUUGACAACUUUAUUAGUCUUAAGUUCUGGCUAUUUGUAAAUGGUGAAAGUGACAAUUUGCUUAAGGUCAUCAGCUUGUUCAUCUCGUCCUAUGUAAUACUUUCAUUGGAAUCGAAAACACUUUGUAGACCAUGUGUAUGUAAAUACUUCCAAUGGUACUUUAUCACGUCUUGUUCAAGCACCAAUAAAAAUAAAUAAGUGGUUUGAACUAAA